ACGGAGUCAGUACCGCGCCGCCGGCCGGCCGAAGCGAACGUGUCUGCGGUUAUUGUAUCGCCCGCAUCGGGCGCAUGUUUCAGUGUAAUUUCGUUAUGCCGAUGUCGUCGUGAAUCUGUAACAAAAAUGGACUUUCAGAGUGCUAUGGAGACAUUCGCCGAGGCAUGGGCAGCUGCCAAUACUGUCAAAUCAGAGGCCCCGAGUGAUUUAUCACAGAAUUUGUCAUCGGAUCUACGUCGCAGUAAGACUCCGCCGCGUCGGUCGCCGGAGGAGCGUGCGGUGCCACGACCGCCGUCCGCGCCUGCGGCCCACGAGCGCGGCCCUCACACACCACACACGCCGCACACACCUCACACGCCGCACACCCCAUACACGCCGCAUCUAUCACCCAAGAAAGAAGCUUUCAAUAACCUUCUAAACAAAGGAAUAUCAGGUAAAACACUACCGGUGCACUGCGUGGUGGAAGCGGUAUCGUCUCUGGAGGAGGGCACGUGGCGUCGCCGUGCCGUGGUGGAGACAGAUAGCUACGUCAUCAUCCCCGCCGGAACCGCCUUCCAUGAGCUUGUCCCCGCUGCCAUGAUGAGGCUCGGAUAUCCGCAUGAACUCGCCGCCUCCGCUAAAGGUUCAGUGGUGAUAAACAACUGGAAGCCACUGUCCUUUGAGAAGAUCUCUGAUGGUCCGCUGGUGACUGUGGGCGAGGUGCUGGGUGAGCUGACGACCGUCGCCACGCUGCGUAUCCAACUGCUAAGGCCGAGGCUCACGCCGCUCCAGGACAUUAAGGACAAACUCCUUAGGCUACUGCUGGUGCAGAGCAGACCUUUGUUGAUUUCCACUGGAUGCCCUUUAGAUGAGGUCACAUUAGCUCAGAUUUGUAGAGGGCAAGAUCGAACGCCGGGGCCUCACAAUUUCCACGAGCCAUCUGAGGACAUGCGCAGAAAGUUCGAAUCUUGGUGGAGCGCCCAAGUUUCGCCGCGGCCGCCACCUUUUAGUCCACGUCAUUAUUCGUCACCUGUACCCAAAAAUCGGUCGCCUACUCUGAACGCUAUACCAGACCAUUUGCACCCGGCAUUACAGACGGUCCAAAACCAAUAUCCAACGCAGAAAACUAGAAUGAGAACAAGCUUUGAUCCUGAACUUGAACUGCCUAAGUUGCAACGUUGGUUUUCCGAAAAUCAACACCCAAGUCGACAACAGAUACAACAAUAUGUAAGGGAAUUGAACAACUUAGAAUCAAGACGAGGUCGUAAACCCUUAGACGUGAACAAUGUCGUAUAUUGGUUUAAAAAUGCAAGAGCUGCACAAAAACGUGCCGAGCUACGCAACAUUGGAGGUAUUGGUUGUCACCUUGGUGUAAAUGGUUUUAAUAGUAGGAGUCAUAGUCCAUCCAAUGGAUCUUUGAUGGCGAGUAACGACAAUUACGCGAUGCAAGAUCGCAAUUCAAUGAAGAGUCCUAUGCAAAUGUCAGGCAGCCCUGGCAGAUACCCGAUGUCAAUAAUGUCCGAAGACAAUUUGUCGAAUGCGGGAUCCGAUUUAGAAGACGACGGAGGGGAUUUAAAUCCAGAUGAUAGGCCUGAAAGUCCUGAUGCACCCCUUUCUCUUAUAACCACAAAGAAGAAUAAUAAUGAAGAAGAAAUGUCCAAACAAUCCCCGAAGCCUCCCGAUAUAAUAAAGGUACAUGAUAUCAAGCAGGAGCUUCGUGACUUGGCCAGAUCUGAUCAAACUAAUUCACCUCAAAGAUCUCCUGACAAAAACAGUGACAGUUCUCACAAUAACAAUAAUAAUGUAAAAGAAGAAAACGGAAUAACAGACGACCAAGACGUGGUUUCCGAUGAUGAAGUCGUUCAAGAGCGACACUAUCGUCCAUCAACGCCGCACCUUGAUCGCUUACCGUUUCCUAUGGUACCGAAUCAUCCGAUGUUCGGUCACGGCAUCAUGUAUAUGAGCCAGUACAUGACUGGAUUCCCUGGCGUCGGUCCAGUACCCGGUGAAGGCGCAAGCGGCUUAAACCUCGCUCUCGCCGGUGCUUCUGACGAAAGACGCAAACGUAACCGCACUUUUAUAGAUCCGGUCUCCGAAGUCCCGGUUCUCGAACAAUGGUUUUCAAUGAACACCCAUCCUUCACAUAAUCUCAUACUGAAGUACACAGAAGAGCUGAAUAGGAUGCCGUACAGGCAAAAGUUUCCUCGACUGGAAUCAAAGAAUGUGCAGUUCUGGUUCAAGAAUCGACGCGCCAAAUGUAAGAGGCUGAAGAUGUCGCUAUAUGAACCGUCGUCACCCAGCCACUACUCGCAUCCCGGCCAUCACGCUAUUGCUGAGCGAAAGUUGGUGUGAACUAUAAGUAAAUAAAAACUGUGACUAGAGCUAUUUGAGUCGUGAGACAAAAUAU